AGCCCGAUCCACCCCGGGCUCACUAUCGCCCCCCAAAAUUUCCUUUCGCUUUCGAUCUCUGGCUGUCACCCGGCCUGGCCCCUUCCACGCCCAGCCGGGGCAAGCCUGAUCUGGCCAUAGGCAUGAGGGGCCUCCGGCCGAGAUGAUAGUGCUGGCGCCAGCCUGGAGCCCAACUACCUCCCUGCUGCUGCUGCUACUGCUCAGCCCUGGCCUCCGCGGGUCCCCCGACUGUUCCUUCAGCCACAGCCCCAUCUCCUCCACCUUCAAGGUCACCAUCCGAAAGCUGUCUGAUUACCUGCUUCAGGAUUACCCAGUCACCGUCGCCUCCAACCUACAGGACGACGAGCUCUGUGGGCCAUUCUGGCGCCUGGUCCUGGCCCAGCGCUGGAUGGGUCGGCUCAAGGCUGUGGCUGGGUCCCAGAUGCAAAGCCUGCUGGAGGCGGUCAACACCGAGAUACAUUUUGUCACCUUGUGUGCCUUCCAGCCCCUCCCCAGCUGUCUUCGAUUCGUCCAGACCAACAUCUCCCACCUCCUGCAGGACACCUCCGAGCAGCUGGCGGCCUUGAAGCCCUGGAUCACCCGCAGGAAUUUCUCGGGGUGCCUGGAGCUACAGUGUCAGCCCGCAGACUCCUCCACCCCACUGCCCCCAAGGAGCCCCAGGGCCUUGGAGGCCACAGCCCUGCCAGCCCCUCAGGCCCCUCUGCUGCUCCUCCUGCUGCUGUUGCCUGUGGCUCUCUUGCUGAUGUCCGCUGCCUGGUGCCUGCACUGGCGAAGGAGGAGAUGGAGAACGCCCUGCCCCAGGGAGCAGAGGAAGACACUGAGGCCCAGAGAGAGGAAUCACCUGCCCGAGGACACAGAGCCGGGACUCGGAGAAACUCAGCUAGAGACUGGUUCCUUCCUCGACCACGCUGCCCCGCUCACUCUCCCCCCGGGAUGGAGGCAACGCCAGCCCCCAACGCCAGCCCCAGACCCACCUAUCCCCCUCUGUACAAAGUCCUUGUCCCCAGGAAAUUGUAUAUAAAUCAUCCUUUUCUACCA